AUGGCGCCGUCCACACCUCGGUACGAUGCGUCGACGGUCGACAUUUGGGCGCUCGGCAUCACGAUCGUCGUCGGCGGUCAGUAUUUCUCGUGGAACACGGGUCUUGUCGCUGGCUUUUACAGCUACCUCGGCGCGACGCUGCUCAUGGGUGUCGCGUACUGCUGCAUGGUGUCUUGCCUCGCCGAGAUCUCGAGCGCGCUGCCGUUUGCUGGCGGCGCGUAUGGUAUUGCGCGCUGCUCGCUCGGCUUUUACCUCGGGUUUAUGAUGGGGUGCUGCGAAACCCUCGAGUACAUUGCGUACGUUGCGUCGUCAGUCUUGAUGCUCGGGAAGAUGGUCACGACCAUGAUUCCGGCCAUGGAGCCGAUGCAACCGGUCCUUUGGCUUCUCAUUUACGCUGCCGCGCUAAGUGUCCACCUCGUGGGCGGUAAACUCUUUUGGCGCGUGAACCGGAUGCUUGCAGUCGUCUCGCUCGUGAUCAUUGCCGUGUACGUUGUCGGCUGCUUUAGCUUACACACGACCGAUUUGACGGCGUUCAGCGACGAACGCCAUGGGUUCGAUACCCGCCAAGUGCUCCACGUGCUCCCGACGACUGCGUGGUUCUUUGUCGGUAUCGAGUCGCUCAAUUUGGCGAGCGACGACGCGACGUUGCCUCGGCGCGUCAUUCCGCGCGGCCAGCUCGCGUGCAUGGCGACACUGCUGCUCUCGGGCAUUCUCGUGCUCGUCGCAUCGUCCUAUGUGUCGCACGGGAACACGACCCUGCAAGACGAUACGAUUCCGUUCAACAAUGGGUUUAUAAAGAUGUUUUCCAUUUCCGCCUCGGCCGCCACACUCUUGUCGCUGCCCGCCACGUUUGCCACCAUCUUUGGCUUUAUGUAUUCGUACGGCAAACUCACGAUCGCAAUCGCAGGCUCCCAGCUCCUCCCACCCCUCUUUCUACACACGUGGUUUCCGCACCGCGUGCACGGCCCCGCGCUCCUUCUCACGUCAAGCGUCGGCUACAGCGUGUGCCUCAUCACGUAUUUCGUGCCGUCGAUCGGCGACUCGCUCUUCUCCGUGUGCAUCUGCAGUGCGUUCUGCGCCUACAUUGCGCAGUGCAUCGGGUUUAUCUACCUCCGGCUCUCGUUUGCGCACCUCGAGCGGCAGUAUACAAGUCCGCUCGGCAUCUACGGCGCCGUCGUGCCGCUGUGCGUGUGGCUCUUGAACCUCGUGUCGAUCGUCGGGUUCCAGAACGACGGCCAGCGCGCGGUCUUGGCGUUUCUGGGCAUGUGGGUCGUCUUUACCAUCUACUAUUUUGCCUACGCCAAGGCGCGACAGACGUUUUCGGACGACGAGCGCAAGAUCUUGUUUGUGGCCCACAUUGCCAUUUUCAACAAGGCCCGCGCGAGCAACAAGAACCAGCGCAAGAAGAAAAGCAACAAGCCAUCGAUUGUCAACAAGCGCUCGACGACGACGACCAAGUCGACCAAGACGACGGUCGAAAUGGGGUCGUCCAAAUCCGGUGACGUGACCCCGAUCACGCCCGAGCUGCAACGCAAGUCGUCGGCGAUUCCACCGUCCACCCGGCGUAAAAGCAGCACCGUCACCGUCAUGAUCGUCCCCGUCGGGAGUAGCACCAAGGGCCAAGUCCGCGAAAUUGACGGCCGGUGA